AUGAAUAGUUCAAAUUUAAAUUAUUUGGAUGAACUUGUAAAGGAAUAUUUAAUAUUUAGGGGAUUUACACAAACCAAUCAUUACUUUUCAUUAGAAAAGAAAGGUGAUAAAUUAAAAGGAUUUCAAGUAGAUAGAAUAUUAGAACAAAUUAAUAUUUAUAUUUCAAGUUAUGAUAUAAACCAUUUAGUAGAGUUAUGGAAUUUCUUAGAUAUAACUUUUUUUAGUAAAAUCGAUUACAAUAAAAGUAAUGCCUAUAAUAAUAAUAAUAACAAUAACAAUAAUUAUAAUUCAAAUCAUAAUAGUAAUGGUAGUUACACAUCUUAUAGAAACAAUAACAAUGAUUUACAAUCUACAAUUAAAAAAUUAUCAUCAUCUCUCCGAAAAUAUUAUGUAAUUUAUGCAAUAAAUAAUAAUAAAAUUGAUAAAGUUAAAGAAUUUUUCGAUCAAUAUAGUUUAGAAUUAUUAAAAGAUCCCGAUUGGCAAUCUUGGUUUGCAUUACCAUAUAUUAGAAACCCACAAUCUGAUCCAUUAUUUGAAAUUUAUUUUUCAAAAACUUGGUCAGAAGCAUUUUCACUUUCAUUAAGAAAUUUUUUAUCAACUAUAUUUAAAAACAUACCAUUACCAAAAAUUUUACAAUUUAAUUUAGAAAGACAGAAUAGAAAAAGAUUAGAAACACAAGUUGAAAAUUUAUUAUCAAUAAAUGAAGAAUUAAGAUCACAAGUUGAUAAAUUAGAAUAUCAAAAUAAAAGAGAUCAAAAUAAUAGUGGAUCAAAUAAUAAUAGCAAUAAUAAUAGCAAUAGUGGAUUUACAAUUGGUAAUGUAAGUCAAAGAAAAGAAUCAAAUGUAAAUAAUUUUAAUAGCGGUAAUGAUUUAAAUAGUAGUAAUGAAAGAGAAGUUAAUUCAUUCUCAAGAGUUAGUAAAAGAUUUGAACCAAGAUCAACUUCAUCUACAAAUAUCGCUGCAAUGGAUGAUGAUGAUAAUAAACCAAUGAUUGGAAUUGGAAGAUCAAGAAAAUCAAUUUCUACAAAUAGUGUUAAUAGUAAUAAUAAUAUUAAUAAUAAUAAUACAUCAAAUACAAACACAAAUACAAACACAAAUACAAAUACAAAUACAAAUUCAAAUUCAAAUACAAAUACAAAUACAAAUUCAAAUUCAAAUACAAAUACAUCAAAUAAUAAUAGUAAUAGUAAUAAUAAUAAUAAUGGUACAAAUACAAAUGUAACAAAUAAUAAUGGAUUUCAACAUUUAAAUUUAUCAGGAUUUGAAAUGACAGAAAUUGAUGAAAAUGGAUUUAAAAAGAAAUCAUCAAAUGGAUUGAAUGGUAGUGAUGGUAUUGAAAAUGGUGAAUUAGUUUAUAAUAUUGAAUCACAAGAGGUUUGUACAUCACAUUCAUCAGCUAUAACAAGAUGUAAAUUCUUAUCAAAUGGUAGUAAGAUUGCAAGUUCUUCAAUUGAUGGUACUGUUAGACUUUGGAAUGUUGGUUUUAGUAGUAGACAAACCACUAUCUAUUGUCUCUCUGAGGUCGCCUCUUUGGAAUGGGAAAAUAGAUCAAAACUAUUACUAUGUGGUACGAUAGAUUCAAAGAUUAAAAUUUGGAAUAGUUUGACCGAUAAAGCGAUCGGUGAUAUUAACACCUCGAUUGAGUUUCCAAGAGUUGAGGAUAUUGCAUGCAAUCCAAAUGGUAAUUCAUUUGCUACCUCGUCAAUUAACAAUGGUAGAACUGAUGGUGUGGUUUAUACUUGGAAUUUGAGAACUUUGAAAACUGAAGAGAAACUAUCGAGCUCAGGUGCUGUCAUUAAUUCAAUGUCUUUUAACUCCACUGGUACUUUGCUUUCAACUGGUUGUGUCGAUGGUACAAUCAGAAUUUUCGAUAUUAAAUCUGGUUCGCCAAUUGCUGGUUGGCAAGCACAUUCAAAUGAAAUUCUAUCGGUUCAAUUCUCUUCCGAUGAGAAUAGACUCUACUCAUUGGGUAAAGAUGGUAAAUUAUAUCAAUGGAAUAUUCAUAGUAUGGGUAAACCAGUGAAAGAAUAUGAUUAUCCUGGUUUCUUGGUUGACCCUCAUCGUACAACUAAAAUCUCUUUCAAUCAUAAUCAAUCUUCAUUUUUAGUUGGUACAAAUAAUAAAUUUGCACUAUUGUAUAAUAUCGAUCAAUCUUCUCCAAUACUUCAAAUUUCUGGUCAUACUGGUCCUGUAGUAACUUGUGAUUGGAAUUCUUCAUCUCAAAGUGAUGUUAUUAUAACUGGUUCUUUAGAUAAAACUAUUAGAUUAACAAAACUAUCAAAAUCAUUUAAUAAUUUAUAA